AUGGCAGACGCUGAGGAUAUCCAACCUCUUGUUUGUGACAAUGGAACAGGAAUGGUCAAGGCAGGUUUUGCUGGAGAUGAUGCCCCACGCGCUGUGUUUCCGAGCAUUGUAGGUCGUCCACGUCAUACCGGUGUUAUGGUUGGCAUGGGCCAAAAAGAUGCAUAUGUUGGUGAUGAGGCACAGUCUAAACGUGGUAUCCUCACUCUCAAGUACCCAAUUGAGCAUGGUAUUGUUAGCAAUUGGGAUGAUAUGGAAAAGAUUUGGCAUCAUACCUUUUAUAAUGAGCUUCGUGUUGCACCUGAAGAACAUCCAGUUCUCUUAACAGAAGCUCCUCUUAAUCCCAAGGCUAAUCGUGAGAAGAUGACUCAAAUCAUGUUUGAGACUUUUAAUGCUCCGGCUAUGUAUGUGGCCAUUCAGGCUGUUCUUUCACUUUAUGCCAGUGGUCGAACAACCGGUAUUGUGUUGGAUUCUGGUGAUGGUGUCAGCCACACUGUCCCUAUUUAUGAGGGUUACGCCCUCCCACACGCCAUCCUCCGUCUUGAUUUGGCCGGCCGUGACCUCACUGAUUUCUUGAUGAAAAUUCUGACAGAGCGUGGCUAUUCUUUUACCACAUCAGCAGAGCGUGAAAUUGUGAGGGAUAUGAAGGAAAAACUGGCUUACAUUGCUCUUGAUUAUGAGCAAGAGCUAGAGACAUCCAAGACCAGCUCUGCAGUGGAGAAGAGUUAUGAAUUGCCUGAUGGUCAGGUGAUCACUAUUGGUGCUGAGCGUUUUAGGUGUCCAGAGGUUUUGUACCAACCAUCCAUGGUGGGAAUGGAAGCGGCAGGAAUUCAUGAGACCACAUACAAUUCCAUAAUGAAAUGUGAUGUUGACAUCAGGAAAGACCUGUAUGGUAACAUUGUCCUUUCAGGAGGUACAACCAUGUUCCCUGGCAUUGCUGAUAGAAUGAGCAAGGAAAUUUCUGCACUUGCACCUAGUAGCAUGAAGAUCAAGGUGGUAGCACCACCUGAGAGAAAGUACAGUGUCUGGAUUGGUGGUUCUAUCUUGGCUUCCCUCAGCACUUUCCAACAGAUGUGGAUUGCAAAGGCUGAGUAUGAUGAGUCUGGACCAUCAAUUGUGCAUAGGAAGUGUUUCUAA